AUGGAUGUGUGCAGAGAUGAAGCAGUCGUUGUUGGAAUAGACGUUGCUGAAGCUGAUGUUCUUGCAUCUCCAUUAGCUGUGGAAGAUGUCAAACUGAUGGAAAGACUGCCAUUCCCAGUUGCUGGUUCAACGUCUAUUCCACAACGAUUCAACGUCUAUUCCAACAACGUCUGCUUCAGCAACGUCUAUUACUGCUUCAACGUCUAUUCCAACAAUCAACGUCCAACAACGUCUGCUUCAACUGCUUCAGCAACGUCUUUUCCAACAACGACUGCUUCAACGUCUAUUCCAACAACGUCUGCUUCAGCAACGUCUAUUCCAACAACGACUGCUUCAGCAACGUCUAUUCCAACUGCUUCAGCAACGUCUAUUCCAAUAACGACUGCUUCAGAAACGUCUAUUCCAAUAACGACUGCUUCAGUAACGUCUAUUCCAACAACGACUGCUUCAGCAACGUCUAUUCCAAUAACGACUGCUUCAGAAACUAACGUCUAUUCAACAACGACUGCUUCAGCAACGUCUCCAAUAACGAUCGUCUACUCUGCUUCAACGUCUAUUCCAACAACGACUGCUUCAGAAACGUCUAUUCCAAUAACGACUGCUUCAGCAACGUCUAUUCCAACAACGACUGCUUCAGCAACGUCUAUUCCAAUAACGAACGUCUAUUCCAAUAACGUCUGCUUCAGCAACGUCUAUUCCAACAACGACUGCUUCAGAAACGUCUAUUCCUACAACGACUGCUUCAGCGACGUCUAUUCCACAACGACUGCUUCAGCAACGUCUAUUCCAACAACGACUGCUUCAGCAACGUCUAUUCCAACAACGACUGCUUCAGCAACGUCUAUUCCAACAACGACUGCUUCACAACGUCUAUUCCAAUAA